CAAUUUUUGUUAAGAUGCGGCUUCAAUAAGAAAAACUUGUUUGAAUAUAAACUAUUGGAGGAAUAUUAUUUUUAUGAAUUUUUCUACUAAUAUUCCAUAUUAUUUAGAAUGUCAUGGAAUCUUAUUGCAGAUUAUGUGGAGAAUUAUCGUUAGAACUCCUCUCUAUUUUGGAGGAUUUAGAGCUUCCAGACAAAAUAUUCCAAUUGUUUAAUGUGAAAAUCAAUUUAGAGGAUCAAUUACCGACUUUAGCUUGUCAAAAAUGUUGGGAUAUGGUUCAAAAUACAUGGAUAGAUUAUUUAAGAGUUCAGAAAGCUCAGGAACAUUUGAAUGUACUUUUGGAAUCGUUGGCUGCUAUAGAUCCUAUUUGUCAGGAUGAUGAUAACAAUAUUGACUUUUCUAAUGUAGAAUCUUCGAAACUAAUCGAUUGUGUUAUUGAUAGUGAUCCGUUAUCACUAGUUAAAACUGAUACAGACAUUCAGAAAAAUGUUAAAUCAAUUAAGACAAAAAGAACUUCACAAAAGAAAAAGGAUACAUCUGAACCUGAAGAACUAUCAGAAUUGAGUAUUAUUGAGUUUAGAGAAGAUGGUAGUUGUAUUCCUAAAGAAGAUUUAUUUGGAUGGAAGUCUUACCCCUGGAUUUGUUGCGACUGUCAACAAAAUUUUAGAUCUCCUGAAGAGUUGAAAAAUCAUUUUUCAUCUAAUCAUAAUCAGGUUCCGAGAUAUUCAUGUGUAGAUUGCCAAAAAAUUUAUAGUAAAUAUAAUGUUUUUCUGGGUCAUGUAAAAAUACAUCAUAUAACUCUUAGGUAUUGCUGUGAUGUUUGUCAUAAAUGGUAUCCUACAAUUAACUCUGUUGAAAAACAUCGUGCUGAACACAAAGAAGAAUCACAAUAUGGUUGUUUGAAUUGUGGUAAAAAGUUUAGAAUGCAGUCUGCUCUUGUGCUUCAUUCUAGGUCUCAUCUUCCAGCUGAAAUAAAAAAUAGAUACCAGUGUGAUGAAUGCCCUAAACGAUUUGGAACUAAACCAAAUCUUAUGGCUCAUAAAAGAAUUCAUUCGGGAGUGAAAGAUUAUACAUGUGACCAAUGUGGUAAAAGUUUUUUUCAAAAAGGAAAUUUAGAUAAUCAUGUCUUGACGCAUACUGUUGCCAGACCUUUCAACUGUAGUACGUGCAACAAGUCUUUUAAAACAUUAGUUCGACUCAGAAAACAUUCUUCAGUACAUUCAGGCUUAAAACCUCAUAAAUGUGAUAUUUGUGGAAGACAGUUUAGAGAACGAGGAACUUUGAAGGAACACCAUAGAAUACAUACAGGAGCUAUGCCCUUUACAUGUGAAUUUUGCGGAAAAAAUUUCAGGUUCAAAGGGGUUUUAACUACUCACAGAAGGCAGCAUACUGGAGAACGCCCAUAUUCUUGCCAUGAAUGCCAGCAUCAUUUUACAAAUUGGCCAAACUAUAACAAACAUAUGAAAAGGAGGCAUGGAAUAAAUACAAGUGUUACAGUUAGAAAACCACAAGCCAUUCCUCCUACUGGUAUGCCUAACAGAAACCCACCAGGAACAGUUUUGGCACAACCUAUAAGUGUACCUGAGGUACAGGAAGGAACGUUUGUUGAGCAACACCAAGCCACUUUUUUUCCAGUCUUAGGAUUGUAUAAUAUAGCAGAAGAUAUAUUGCAUCAACAAAGAGUCCAGUGAAUAUUGGCAUCAUAAAAAUGCAGUGUCAUAUCAAUGAUGAAAAUGAUCCACUCAUGAAUAGGAGAGUUUGAGAAUGUUUUAUGGAGUUAAAAAGCAUAAUCAGUUGGUAUUCAAUUCUUUCUCAGAGUAAUAUGUUCAUUUCUCCCUUUUUAUUGAGCUUGAAAAAUCUAUGAAACUAAUCUGAUAAGAAAUGUAUUAAUUGAAUUGUC